GAGAACUCAAAGUUGAAAUGGCUAACAAUCCUAGCGUUACUAGAGCGUGCCAGGGACAAUUAUAGGGUUGUAUUUUGCAUCGUGCAUGUGUAAGAGACCUAAAUCAGGAUCUUGUUAUAAAAUAAAAGGUGCUGCCGCCGAUGGGGACGUCGAGGACUCGGGGAAAACCGAUCGAGCGACGGAGCGUCGACUGUGGUGACGGAGCGAGCGACUAGCCAAUAUCAGGCAAGGGCCAAGGCAACCAAGUAUCGGCAGACGCAGGAAGAGCGUAGCAAAGGCGCAAAGGCAGGCAGUCCAAAGGGAGGGGAGUUAGGGAGCGACACAUACCUAUCCCCAUUCCGUGUAUACUCGGUAUCGCAGGGGGGCUUGGAGUGCCUUGGAUCACCGCACGGGUCGAGCUGGGUCGCAAGUUUUUUUGUUCCUAGCGUUAAUUACAGUGAAGUUCGUGAAUUAAGGAGAAGCCGACCUUCAUGGCUGUCAGGAUAUCGUGGCGGGUCUGUAACUCGUCAAAUUCGUCAAACCUCCAGGUGUUCGACUCUUUUAAGCCUCUCCUUUAGAACCAAUAUACCCCCAACUCCGGCUGCUGUGACUGGCUGCUGUGGAUCUAGUUGAGUUAUGUGCAAACGUGCUGUCGAGGGGAAAGUGUUUGUUCAAGUUAAACGACGACGGUGACCAGGCUGGAAAUUUCGGAUCCGUGAGAGGAAAACGUUCCAAGUUUUUUUUUUUUUUUCAAUACCAAACUCCAACCGCUACCGGUCACCAACCGCUAAAACCAACAGGAAAAGUGAGCACGAUAAACGCCAAACAAGAGGACUGCCACCAACGAUAUAGUAACGAUAAAUUAUUACGGGACUCGUCGAGUAUCAUCGUGAUUCUGGAAAUAUUGGGAUUACUAAUUUUAUCCGUCAAUAUCCCGAGGUCUUACGGAACGUCAGGUGUUGGAAUAAAAAUAAAACAAUAGGAGAAAUUCACUGAAGCGAAAACUACUUUGAAACGGGAGAACGAGGUACGGCGGUGACUGAAAAUAUUUGAUCAAAUCAUUGAAUAAAAAAUUCAAAAUAAAUAAACAAUAAAAAAAAAUACCAGGAGACACACAGCGUAAAGUGGCAGGGAGACGAGUAAAAUGUUCACUGGUCAGGUCAGGGUAAAAAUAUGCGAAGCUUCGGGCCUGAGGGCGACGGAUAAACAGAGAAAAUUUUGGCAAGACGAACCACCUAUUCUGGACCCUUAUGUGCUUCUGGAUGUUGACGAGAACCACCUCAAUCGCUCGACAACAAAACCAAAAACCUUCAACCCUGUUUGGAAUGAGACCUUUACACACCAGGUCCUCGAAGCUGCUACUUUAGGGCUCACAGUUUUUCACGACGCAGCUUUAGGACCUGACGAUUUUGUGGCCAACUGUAGCAUCAGAUUUGAAGAUCUUGUCCAUCGGGACGACGAGGCUGCUGAUUUCUGGGUUGAUCUCGAACCUCAGGGAAAAUUAAGGAUACGAAUAGACUUGAAAUGGACAAACCAAGAUCAACAACAAUCAGGGUGCGGGGGAGGGGGGUUAGUCGGAGGACCUGGAGAUGGUGGCGGUGGAAGCGGAGUCGGAGCAGCAAUAGGAGGAAAAGAGCCAAAAAGAGAGUUCAAGGAGCGACAAGGCUUCAAUCGUAGGAGAGGGGCAAUGCGGAGAAGAGUUCAUCAAGUCAAUGGCCAUAAAUUUAUGGCCACUUUUUUGAGGCAACCGACGUUUUGCUCCCAUUGUCGCGAGUUUAUAUGGGGCUUGGGCAAGCAGGGCUAUCAGUGUCAAGUGUGCACAUGCGUCGUUCACAAAAGGUGUCACGAAUCGGUUGUAACCAUGUGCCCUGGCAUGAGGGUCGAGAUGCCCGUUCAGGGAACUGUGACAAUGUUACAGGCAACUCCGAGCACCCAAAGUCAGCGCUUCAGUGUAAACGUACCUCAUCGAUUUGUAGUUCACAACUACAAACGAUUCACCUUCUGCGAUCAUUGCGGCUCUUUACUCUAUGGUCUUAUCAGACAAGGUCUACAAUGCGAAGUUUGCAGCAUGAAUGUGCACAAAAGGUGUCAAAAAAAUGUUGCCAACAAUUGCGGCAUCAAUACAAGACACUUGGCCGAAAUUCUGAAUUCUAUAGGGAUAACACCUGACAUUCAGAACAAACCGGCAAAAAUAAACUAUACCGCACCAGGUCAACCUGGCGCCCCAGCAACACUGACCUCCGCUAACGAAACUGCGUCCGAAGGAACUCCUGUUCCAAAACCACGGGAUGGUGGGGACGGAGGGAACGGCCCGGAUACCGGUACCAAGAAGUUAGGUCUGGAAGACUUCAACUUCAUCAAGGUCCUUGGAAAAGGGAGUUUUGGUAAGGUCAUGCUCGCUGAGAAAAAAGGCUCGCCGGAUGAAGUCUAUGCCGUUAAAGUAUUGAAGAAGGAUGUCAUAACACAAGAUGAUGACGUGGAUUGUACCAUGACCGAAAAACGUAUAUUGGCUCUUGCUGCCAAGCAUCCUUUUCUAACGGCUAUUCACAGCUGUUUUCAAACCAAAGACAGGCUCUUUUUUGUCAUGGAAUACGUAAAUGGAGGUGACUUGAUGUUCCAAAUUCAAAGAGCCAGGAAGUUUGAUGAGGCACGUGCGCGUUUUUACGCAGCGGAAGUGACUCUAGCUCUUCAGUUCCUCCACAAGCAUGGAGUUAUAUAUCGUGAUUUAAAAUUGGAUAAUAUAUUGUUGGACCAAGAAGGUCACUGCAAGUUAGCAGACUUUGGAAUGUGCAAAGAGGGUAUCAUCGAAGGUGUUAAAACUACGACGACUUUUUGCGGUACACCCGAUUACAUUGCUCCUGAAAUUCUUCAAGAGCUUCAAUACGGUGCCAGCGUAGAUUGGUGGGCACUCGGUGUUCUCAUGUAUGAAAUGAUGGCGGGACAACCACCUUUCGAAGCUGAAAAUGAAGAUGAUCUAUUCGAAUCCAUUCUGCGAGAUGAUGUAUUAUAUCCAGUAUGGUUGACGAGAGAAGCUGUCUCAAUUCUCAAAGGGUUUAUGACCAAGAACCCUGCUAAACGCUUGGGUUGCGUCGUAGCAAACGGUGGAGAAAAUGCCAUACGAGUUCAUGCCUUUUUCCGGGACAUGGAUUGGGAAGCACUCGAGGCUCGUAGACUCAAGCCACCUUUUAAACCUAAAAUUAAAAAUAAAAAGGACGCCAUGAAUUUUGAUGCUGAAUUCACAAGAGAAGAACCGGUUCUGACACCGGUUAACCCUGACGAUCUUCGCUGCAUAAAUCAAGACGAUUUCAAAGGAUUUUCAUUUGUUAAUCGCGACUAUAACCCUGCCAGACUUCCAACGGAAUAAAAAAGAGAGAGCACAUCAUCCAGUCACAGUAAGUUUUUAUCUAAUUUUGCUGGAUACAUUCAAUGUCAUGAGCAACAAACCGCUCGUAUUGGUUCAUAAGUUGAAUCUAGCGAUGGAAUAACUUGUGGCGAAUUGUAAAAAGAAAGUCGCACCGCGAUUGAAUUUGUUGUUGGAUGAAAUUCAUUCGAAUUGGAUGAUAGACAAUCGAUUGAAAUUUAUUAGUGGGUGAAAAGUUAUGUUAGAAAUUGUUGAAGAUGAUAACCUUAUUACAUUUGUGCAAAUCAGCGAGUUAGUAAAAGGAGAAACGUUCAUGAACAAUGCAACGGCGUGUACCUAAAUAGGAGAGCAAGGUACUUAAGAAAGAGAAAAAAAGUAUUGUUGAUCAAAAAAUCGUCAAAAAGAGUUGAACAUACGAGUACAUGAAAAACACAAAUUAAGUGUAAAAUUAUUUAAGCUGUCGCAGUAACGUCUGAGAGUAAUCAACGGAUAUUCUAAUUAUUUAUUUAUUAUUAACAUUGUUUUUUUCGAUUGAUACUCUAUAUGUUACUGCUGGUAAUUAGCGCGCAAAAGUUAUUCGAUAAAAAUUGAAGAAGAGCAAACGUGUAAACGUAAAAGUUCACGAACAAGUUUGUUCAUUGAAUUCACAAGAGAAUCUCUUGCCUGAAGAAUCGUAGAACUUUACUCGGUUUUAGCUAGUUGAGAGAUUUAUGCAUUUACGCACAGCGAUGUUGAGAAACCUUUUAUAAUUUAUUACUACUUCUGUAUUCUAUGAUAUUUGCAUUCGUGGGAUCUAAUUGAUCGAUUGUUUUUAUUCGUAUUCCGUUUUUAUGGAGCCGGAUUUUUUUUCAUCUGGGUUACACGGGGGAUCUCUGAUAAUUUUUUCGUACCGAGUAGUGAAAGGUGAAAAAUUCGUGAUUUCAGUCAGGCUCCGCGUCUGUAUUACUACGACAAAAUCGUACGAAUUAUGUUAUAAAGAUAAAGUUUCCAUUUGGAUAUAAUGAAAACUGUCUCGAAAGAAAGAUAUCUUAAUAAGCGAAUCAUACACAGGCCACGGGUGGCCUGACCAGAGUAUAAUUAACUUAUUUUAGCAUACGCCUAAGAUAAUAGAUAAAGAAAACAUAGAAAAGAAUUUGAAGAAGUCACGUAUUGACGCUAGAGGUAAGCUAUAAACUUGUAACGAUAAGAUUAAAAUGUAGUCAUUGAUGCACCUUCCAGGAUAUUCGUACAUGUUGUCUCUAGUUAGUUACGUAACACUUAAAUUAAAUCAUAAAUCGAUUGAUUUAUUAACGCAAAGCCCCGGCAAACGGUGUUCUAGCUCAGAACUUGCAGACCCCUGUUGUUCGAUGAGCUUUCGUCGCGAAUAAUGUAUUAGCCGAUAGAAAAAAGUGUAAUAGAUUACAAGAUGUGAUUCGUGUACUUAAUCGAUAUGUCACCCUUCGCCUCUAGCUCUUACAUUUAAGAUAGAAACUAGUACAAUACUUGAGCAUCACUCAUAUCUCUGAAAGGUAUCUAUCUACCGCAAACUGCAAACAUUCUUACAUCCCAGCUUGCCCGUGCAAAAAAAUAAUCGGGUCUUUAAUUCGGUGGAUUUCCAUUCGAGUGAAACAAACCUGCGGUCGAGUCAGUUGACUCGUAUUCCUCGUACGAUAAUGGAUCUGGUUGUGUGCUUGAUUGCUUGAUUCCAGUAUAAAGAUUUCGAAAAAAAGUUAGCUAGAAUUGAUACAAUAGCGUACUGGAAGUCAAGAUGCUCGUAGUUUGCGAACAUCUCAGAAUAUCUCUUGUAAUGGUAAUUUGUAGACAAACAUAACAAAAAAAAUUACAAUGUUAAUUAUUACUACUAUAGAGCGUAUAUGUAUGUAUAUAACUAUUAAUUGUGUGUGAUAAAUCGACGUUUAGCUUAUUCUGGACCAUUUUGUGACAAAUCAGCCCCAAAUUGUAACAAAAUGGCCUAUUCGUGUACUAACUAAAUAACACCUUAUACGAUCAUACCUAUUAUACAUAUAUACGUGUAAAUUUGGUGUUAAUCAACGUUAAGAUAAGUCGUACUGCGCUUGAAUGAACUAUUAUCAACGUAUGGGUUUCAAAAUUGUUGGAAGAUCAUCCGAUAGAAAUAGGAAUAUGAAUAUUUUGAUCAUAUUAUACCGAUUCGCAAUAUUCAUAAAUAUAAUUCGAAAUUUAAAACUGCGUAUGCUUUGAGCCUUUGCGGGACUCAAGUCAUACAGGUAUUAUACUUGUUGAUUAAAGUAAGUAAUAUUAAAUGUGUAUACUCCCGUACUGCGUGCUGAAAAAACAGAUAUUUCAAUUAUCACAAACUCAUGUAAAGCUUCCCAAUUAUUGCUGUGUAUACCAUAAAGCUAGGGACAGAGGAAGAUAGUAUAUAACAUAAUAAUACGGGAUAUCAAGGUUUUAAGGCCGCGAUUGCCAUUAAAUUGCCACUUAUGACGGCUUAUCGGCGAAAAUCACUGGCAAAUAAUAUGAAUAUACGGGUUUAAAAUUAAAGUCGUUCAAUAUUGUAAUAAUAAAUAUACAUAUGUUUAACAUAGAACAUGUAUUUAUUGCGUGCUAGUUGAUUUGAAUUGUCACAUCGCCGACAGACGGUAUGAGAACAACAAUUAUUCAGACUUUUCUCCUGCUUUUCAAAACGAUAAUUUCGUCAUAUUAUUGAUGAACUUAUCAGGAUAACCGAAUCAUUGUAAUUUCGAGCAGGAGAUUAUCUGCAGUUCAAUGUUUUCCCAUAAUAUGGAAUACUAUAAAGGGAACACACAGAAAAUUGAUUCCUCAAAAUAAAACAUGGAUGCAUUGUUGUUCCGUCUGCUGGCAACAACAAUAACAAUAAUAAUAAUAGUAAUAAUAAUAAUAUUAAUAAUAUUAUUGAUAAGGUUUAUAAUCAUAAGAUUAAUAAUAAUACUAAUAAUUAACAAAUACUAAAUAACUAAUAAUGAAUAUGAAGAUUAAUAAUUAAUAAUUAAUAGAUCAUAAUAACAAUAAUAAUAAUAACAACUACUACAACUACAACAAAAACAAAGCAUAGGUUCUGAUCAAAUGUUUGUGCUAAUUACAAAGAUCAGCGCUAUUAUUUGUUGAACGCUAUCUAGUCAGGAGCUGGCAAAAAAGAGAAGCAAAGUGUAACUGCGUAAUACUGAAACGGAAGCAAAAUACAAAUUUAAAUAACUAGAGGAAAAACAAAGACAGAGCACUAAAGAAAGAAAAAGUAAAGAAGGGUUGAUUAUGGAACUGCGGAUUAAUUCUAAGAUUAAUGAUUGAAUAAAAAUGGUUAGUCCGGCCUACGUUUAGUAACAAGGUAGAACGUAAUAUAAAAAAAAUAAAAGAAAAAAGAAAAAAAAAGAUUA